AUGGCGGCUCUGCUUUCGGACCAGAUCGAUAGACUCUCUCAAAGGACGCGCUCCAUAAAGUCGACAGCCUCACAGAUUGCUAGUGGAGGCCCGGAUACGCGGCUAUUUACCCAUGCCGUGCUUUAUGCUCAACUGGGCGACCUCAUUCGCGAUGUCGAUUCCACAGAGAUCGGUCUCUUCGUUCUCGAGUCUGCUUCCUCAAAAUACGAGGCAGACGCCCAGGCAGCCCAGGUGAAACGGAUAGACUUUGUGGGUGCCACACCCUUGCGAAGGAAUCCACAACGAAGACAAGACAGGCAACGCGAUCUUGAACCAGAGGAAUAUGCUCAAGCCGCGUUGAAAUGUCUUCAUAGAUAUAACGAUAUAAAACCUAUGCCUCGCGCUCGCGCACAACUCAUGGAUGUCCUUGAGCGACUGUCCGCAACUCGGGAGCGUAUAAAGGCGCUUCAAGCUUCCAUUCAAACACAACAGCCUGCUGCACCCGAACUCCCUUCUAACAAGUCAAAACUCAAGCAAGAGGAAGAGGCCAUCGCAUCCCUACAAGCCAGAAUAGAAGAAUUGAACAGACGCAAGAAACAACUAUCAACCUCCACCCCUGCUAAACCUCUUCCUCCAGUCAAGAGUCCUGAGUUACCCACCUCUCCAGAAGACAAGUUCUGGGGGACGCCGGCAGAAGCAUCGCGUGCACUCAAGUUUGCGCCCAACCUGCUCCUUGAUGAGAAGGCAGACUUCAACGACCUGAGUGAUACUUCAUUCUCUAUGCCAACUCCCCAGAGAGAGCCCGCACCUGCACCUUUCUCUCGAUUUGCACCAAUCAACCCAAUCGUCCCUGAAGAUGAUGUUGCAGAUGAACCUUCUGUGGUCAUCAAGGCACCUCCUGAACCCGAGCCUGUGCCGGAGGUCGUGGUGGAAACAGAAAAAUCUAUCAUGGAACCUGAUCCGCCCAUAGAAGCGCCUCAGGUGGAAGCUCAGUCCAAGGAGAGGUCCGGUCAUAUUCGUAUCACUCCCGAGGUCGACCGCAUCGUGUUCAAGAUAGUUUCAAUUUAUGCGGACGUACUUCAGCUACCUCGCUCUUCAAAUGCCAAAACUGUAAUCGCGCGGUUGAAGGAAGUUUCGAACGAAACCCCUGCACCCGAUUCCCCGAGCCAGUCUUCCAUUUCAGCGGGCACGAAUGCAUCUGCUGUUACAGUGCAACAGGUUCUCAUAGCUUAUGUUCUUUAUGAACUGUUAGCAGUACCUGGUCAUGCCAUGCCUAUGAACAAAAUGAAAGAAGUCCUUGGGGACAAGGCCAAGUCGAAUCCCGGAUUGUCUGUUAGCGCUUUCGCUCAAAACCCAACGCGAAUUGUAUACAAUUGCGUUGCCAAGCGAAUGUUAAAGUUCGAUCGAACGGGGAAGGAACAGAUAGUCAAAUUCGACGUCUGA